UCUGUCACACUAUUUUAAUUAGAUUAAGAGAGUUAUUAAUUAUCUUAAUUAAGGAAGAAGAUGGAUCCUCUGACAAUUAGUGAUGAGGUGACUAGCAGUGUGGAAGCAAAGAGAAUGUUCAAGGCUUUGAUCAUUGAUGCUCAGAAUCUCAUUCCCAAGCUCAUGCCUCAGGCUAUUAAGAACAUUCAACUUGUUCAGGGCGAUGGUGGCCCAGGAUCUAUUCAGGAGUUAACCAUUGUUCAAGGUUCUGAAACCAAACACUUGAAGCAUAGAAUUGAUGCAAUAGACAAAGAGAAUCUCACAUACAGCUACAGUGUGAUUGAGGGGGACAAGGCUGAAUCAGUGUCAUAUGACAUAAAAUUUGAGCCUACUCCUGAAGGUGGUUGCAAGUCCAAGAGUGUGAGCAAGUUUUAUCCCAAACAAGGUGUUGAGAUCAAAGAGGAAGAUAUCAAGGCUUCUAAAGAGGAAUCUUUGGCUGUCUUUAAGGUUGUUGAAGCCUAUCUUGUUGCUAACCCCGAGGCAUAUGCUUGAAUUAUACUCAAGUCAUAUAUUUGGCGAUCAUAAGAGAAAUAAAUAUUUAAUCAUAUACUAAAUCGUGAUAUACAAAUAUAAUUUUCAUUAUAUAUUUCGUGCGUGAUGGAUUUCCUAUCGGUUUAGUCCAUAAGUUAUCAUGAAGCCAUAUGUAAAAAUGAUAUUGCUAAGAAUAAAAGUUCUCUGUUUGAUUA